CCCAAACUUGACAAUGCAUCACAACUGAUUGCUGCCCAUCGAUUGCACGACUAAAUAAAAUACAGAGAAAUAAUGGUACAAUAGCAAACGCAUACUAAACUUCUUCUCUCUUCGCCAUGUCCCACUUUCUGGGGCACCCGCUGCGCCUCGCCAUAUCCACCCUCAAGAUCUCCUGCUUAACCCAUCUCACAUUCACCAACCUCUUCCAGGUAUCGCCGGCGCAGGGCCCUUCAAUGCUGCCGACUUUUGCGGUGGAUGGAGAAUGGAUUGCAGCGGAUAUGAGAUAUCGCCUAGGGCGCAACGUCCAAGUUGGUGAUCUGGUACUCUACAAGAUCCCGCUGUUUGCACACCAGAACGGAGUCAAGCGCGUUGUGGGCAUGCCUGGCGACUAUGUGAUGCUGGGGACACCGGAAGAGCCUGGGGAUGAUCAAAUGAUACAGGUCCCAGAAGGCCAUUGCUGGAUUGUUGGAGACAACCUGCCUGCAUCUCGAGACUCUCGCGUCUUUGGUCCGCUUCCGUUGGCCUUGAUUCAGGGCAAGAUUGUCGCCCGCGUCCUACCUUGGAGGGAUCGCCAAUGGUUUGGAAGUGGCUUCGAAGGUUCAGGCAACUACGAUGCCUAAUUACACAAACUCACCUUGUGUUAUCACUGUACAAUAUGUCACUUUUCAUACUGGGUUGACUACUAUCGGAGUUCACGGAGCAAACUGGGUUCAAGGAUAUACUAGAAUUUAUAAAUAUUUGCAUCUUCCACCAGCAUAAUGCUAUCAUUAUGCGUUACCUUACUGUCCGAACCCUUCGAGACCAAUAAACAAUAACAAAUGCUAUGUUGACAAGAUUAUACAGCGGCGGCUACCAGCCAGAUAUGCCAUCCAUUCUGAGCCGCGGCCAAUACUUCGAAACUCCCCAACCCUUGCGGACACGUAGUUGAGCGUAGCCAACAUAGUGCUCUUACACGGGAUAGAUGGCCUUCGAGAAAGAGAAAAAGGUAAACAAUUAAUAAGGAAAAUCGCAACCUCCCCGUCUUCGGUAAGAGGAUUGCUUUGGAGGAGAGAAAAAAAAGAUGCAGUCUGUCAAGGCAUGUGAUUUACAAACGGUUAAAAUGAUACCGUCGCUUCAAACACGCUCGCUGCCGAAAUGCAAAACGCCCGAACACCCAUUGCUGUUCUGUGAUGUCCCCUGUUGCAAAAGGAAGAGCAAAGUAUGACCCAGGGCUUCUAAACACAUCGCUAGUGUCAAUCAUAGAAGCCGAUGCUGUUUGCUGACGACGUCUGUCUUAGCCCUCGAUAUGGGCUUUCGACAUGCUUUGGCCGAGCAGCUCCAGACAACGUUGGGCCAGGUUGACAACUUCGCCCUCAUCCUCCUCUUCAAACUGGGCUUCGGAUUCGACUUGGCGGUUUGCAAUAUUUCUGAUUUGUUCGAUAAUAUCGUCAGCUUUACCGAUAAGACCGAUUAGUGCCUUGUCCUCAGACUCGAAGAGUUGGAGCAGAGUCCAGACGGCAAUGUGUUGGAAUGUGGCAUCGCCAGAUUGGAGGAAUCGGCAGAGAUAACCGUGGAUGCCGCCGUUGGGCUCGUUCCAGUUCUGUACGAAAAUAGAGUAAUCGCCAACUAUGAAAUGAUUAGUACACAUCAUACUAGACAAGUCUGUUAACGUUAGCUUACCCUUUGAUGAGAGGUUACCCAAAGCCGCAGCGCUGUUUCCUUGUACUUCAAUGCUAGGGGAGUGAGUCAAGGGAAUCAGAACAUCACAGACGCCGAGGUUGAGAAGAUGCGAUUUCAAGUCGUCGCUAAGCGCCAGAACAGCAAUCGCGGCAGUCAUUUCGGACUGCACAGUAACCGGUACGUCAAGAACCAGCUGCUUGCAUUUCUGGACGGCACCAGCAUCCAAUACGAGGGCCUUGUUUCGGUCGGAGCUUGCGGCAAGGUUGCGCAGUGUGGAAAUAGCGUGGCACUGAAUUUCCUCAUUAUCAGUUGAGCCGAGCAGGUCAACCAGAGGCUUCAAAAAGUUGGCUUCGAUAAUAGGCGACUCGUUCAUGGGGUGAAUAGAAAUGUUGCGGAUGCAGGCAACGGCGGAGAGGAUCAGAGGAAGGUAGGAAGACUGCAAGAGACGGAGGAGCGGCUGAAGACCGUUAGCACGGACAAUGUCGAGCUGAUAUUUUUCGUCCGAGGCGAGGUUUCGAAGGGCCAGUGCCGCCUGGCACUGCACCUUGGGGGAGGACGAGUCCAUGAGGUUGACAAGAUGCUGGACAAGCUUGGGUUCGGAGGAUGCGAGCUUGCGUCUGUUGCUACCAUCGACGGCAAUGUUGCUGAGGGCAGUUGUGCA